AUGCUGCAGUGUGUGUGUGUGUGACGCAUGCUCUGCUGAACUCCCCUCCCCCUCAGCUCCGCAGCCUCGUCGAAACACUCAGAUAAACACACGGCCGGAGAGACGAGAAAGAAACGUGAGACACAGGCGAGGCAAAGAUGAGAGACACGAAACCGCAGCCGAUAUUGACUCUACCGUGAACCAUGACAGACUGGAUGGAGCGAGAGAUAGACAGCUAGAGGAGAGGGGUGGGGUGAACGCAGACAGACAGAGACAGAGAGACAGACGGGAGGGAUAUGGCCCUCUUACAUGUGUUUGCAGUCAAGCUGCACACCCUGGACUGAAGACCAUGCUGGAUAAAAGCGAAGUGUCCACUCUCAGUCUGCCGCCCUCCGUGAGCCAUGGCGGGUCAGAUGGGAACAUCAGCGUGGAGGCAGGGUCAGACGGGGCAGGCGGCGAGGUCCAGAGAACACGAGUGGCGCUGGAACACCUGCAGCAGAAGAUCCUGAAGAUCACCGAACAGAUCCGUGUGGAACAGGAGGCCCGUGACGAUAAUGUGGCUGAGUAUCUUAAACUGGCCCAUAAUGCGGACAAGCAGCAGGCGUCGCGCAUCAAACACGUGUUUGAGAAGAAGAACCAGAAGUCUGCGCAGAGUAUUGCACACUUGCACAAGAAGCUUGAGCACUACCACAAGAAACUCAAAGAGAUCGAGCAGAAUGGUCCUGCGCGGCAACCCAAAGAUGUCUUGAGGGACAUGCAGCAGGGGUUGAAGGACGUAGGUGCAAAUAUGCGAGCAGGAAUCAGCGGUUUUGGAGGGGGCGUGGUGGAAGGAGUCAAGGGCGGAGUCUCGGCACUCACACACACCGCCGUCGUCUCGAAACCCCGAGAGUUCGCUAGUCUCAUCCGCAACAAGUUCGGUAGCGCCGACAACAUCGCCCACCUGAAGGACACUCUGGAGGAUGGGCACACGGAGGAGACGCCCAGAGCUCUGAGCGGCAGCGCCACGCUGGUCUCCAGCCCCAAAUACGGCAGCGACGACGAGUGCUCCAGUGCAACUUCCGGGUCAGCAGGUGGUAGCAACUCUGGCGGGGCGGGAGCAGCAAUGGGCAGCCCGCGACUGGACGGACAUCACCACCACCAUCAUCACCACCACUCCUCCUCUUCCUCUUGGGAUACGCUGCUGGAAGGCCUUCAGGAGAUCAAAGUCAGUCAGGUGCAUAUGGAGGACGCCGUCGAGGACAUGAAAGCGCAGCUGCAAAGCGACUACAGCUACAUGACCCAGUGCUUGCAGGAGGAGCGAUACAGAUACGAGCGUCUGGAAGAGCAACUCAAUGACUUGACGGAGCUCCAUCAGAACGAGAUGAGCAAUCUGAAGCAGGAGCUGGCCAGCAUGGAGGAGAAGGUGGCGUACCAGUCCUACGAGAGUGCGCGAGACAUCCAGGAAGCAGUAGAGACCUGCCUCACCCGCAUUACCAAACUGGAGCUGCAGCAGCAACAGCAGCAGGUGGUGCAGCUGGAGGGUGUGGAGAACGCGAAUGCCCGAGCUCUGCUGGGAAAACUCAUCAACGUCAUCCUGGCCCUGAUGGCGGUACUGCUGGUGUUUGUCUCCACCAUAGCCAACUUCAUCACGCCCCUCAUGAAGACGCGCGCUCGGGUUGGCGCCACCCUCGCCCUUGCACUCUUCCUGGUCACACUGUGGAAACACUGGGAUUGGCUAGACUUCUGCCUGCUGCCCAGCUGAAAAACAUGAACAAAAUACCCGUUCAGAACUUAGACUCUAACUGUGACACAUCCCUCCCAUCAUACCAGAAGUGGGUGAGACCUUGGCCCUGUCCCAAAUCACACCCUAAACCCUCGCGGCUUCCUCUGGGUCCACACUUUCGUGACGUAAUGCCGCUUUG